AUGCUCAUGUUUUUUUUAUCCCGCUACUGCAAGACUGGCGUCGUUUCAUUGGGGUUCGUCAACUUCUUCGGGGAGCAGCGGUUCGGCCGCGACGGCACCAACAACCUGGACGUGGGGCUGCGGCUGCUGGAGGGGGACUGGGUGGGCGCCAUCGACAGGAUAAUGGCGCCGCACCCGGCCGACUCGGCAAUGGUGGCGGAGGCAAAGGAGGCGUUCUUUGACGGCCGGGACUACGGCUACUCGAUGAGCCUUCUUCCCAGGACGGCGUUCGUGGAGAGGAAGAUCCUCCGGGCGCUCCGUGACGUACAGUCAGACCCCCUUGCUGCUCUUCUCGAGCUUCCGCCGGAGGUUCGGCUGCUGUUCGUCCAGGCCUACCAAAGCCUGCUGUGGAACCGAGCGGCUAGCAGGAGGAUGGGCGGCGAGUUCGACACACGCAUGGCGGUGGAAGGCGACCUCGUGCUCGUGAAGGGAGAAAUGCCGCUCACGGCCUGGGAAACUCGUCCCGACGACGUAAACAAGAACAAAAACAAGGAAAACGCCUCCUCCUUGUAUAGUGGCAGGCCCACCGGGGACAGCAGUGGAGCUGCUCCGGGGAGGAGGGGGGGGGUCCGCGGGGGGGAUAGGGACGGUCGCGAACAAGGCGGCGGAAGAGGGGGGGAGGGUCAGGGGGGGGUGGUGAGGGUUUCGGCGGAGGUCGCCCGGGCGGGGGUGUUCACCAUCAAGCACGUCGUGCUCCCGUUGCCAGGCAAUUCCGUGAUGUUUCCUUUGAAUGCCGUGGGAGAGGAGAUGCUGAUGUCGCUCAAGCAGGACGGUGUUGAUGACGUCAUCCUCAAUGGACACCCGCAGAGGGCGUUCGACUUGGAGGGGGCGUACCGGCACGUCAUGGUUCACCCGCGAGAUUUCGACGUGAAGCCGGAGCCACCAGCAGCGGAAGAAGAAGAAGGACCAGAGUCACCGGACAUCGACGCCGAGGUCGCCGCCGACAGAGCUCGGGCGGAAGAGAUCGGCGCCGUCAGGGGGCCGAGGGGAGGGAUGCCGGCCCCCAUAACGGCGGCGUGGCUGCGGGCGCGCUUCCGUGCGGAGGUCAAGCGGCGAUUCAAGGGCGCUAACGGCGGCGGCAGCGGCGGUGUUGGCCGUGGCGAAACAGCAGUAGCGGUAGCUGCGGGGGGCGGGGGGGGGGGCAACAUGACGCCGAUAAGGGUAUCGUUUUCGUUGCCACUGGGCGCGAAGAAGGCGUGGCACACGGGAAGUAGGGGGGGCGGAGGCGGGGACUACGAGGGGGGUGGGGAUGGGGAGGAGGAUCAUGAAGGGGCGGGGUUGUUGUGA